CAUCUGGAAGGGGAGCAGUGGCACGUCAGGGCCCGGCAGAGGGGCGUGAUUGGAGGGCGCCUUCGGCAGCCGCCCGCGGCAGGAGUCGCGGCCCCAGCUCGCCUGGCGGAGUUACACGAGGCGGCAGCAGGAGCUGGAGUCGCAGAAGGAACCGCCUCGCUGGGUCCGGCCGAAGCCGUGCAGUGGCUCAGACGGUUGCGGAGACCGCCAGGUUGAUACAUCUCCCAGAGCCAAGCUUUCUGGGAGUGCUGCAUGUGAAUUCGGCCGUGGGCUAGAGCACUAACUAGAACCAGCAGCAUGGACUUUGUCAUGAAGCAGGCCCUCGGAGGGGCCACCAAGGACAUGGGGAAGAUGCUGGGGGGAGAGGAGGAGAAGGACCCGGAUGCACAGAAGAAGGAAGAGGAACGGCAGGAGGCGCUACGACAGCAGGAGGAAGAGCGCAAGGCCAAGCAUGCACGCAUGGAGGCUGAACGUGAGAAGGUCCGGCAGCAGAUCAGAGACAAGUAUGGACUGAAGAAGAAGGAGGAGAAAGAAGCUGAGGAGAAGGCGGCCCUGGAGCAGCCCUGUGAGGGGAGCCUGACCCGGCCCAAGAAGGCCAUCCCAGCAGGCUGCGGGGACGAAGAGGAAGAGGAGGAAGAGAGCAUUCUGGAUACGGUGCUCAAAUACCUGCCCGGGCCACUGCAGGACAUGUUCAAGAAGUAACUGACCCUCCUGCCCC